AUGGAGAUGCAUGGCAUGUACAGCUUGGACAAGCCUGGUGAUUACAUAUCUAUAGUGGACAUGCAAUUCAUUGCUGCUAUGAUACACCCAGGAGGAGGAAGAAAUGAUAUCCCUCAGAGAUUGAAAAGACAGUUCUCCAUAUUCAACUGCACUCUGCCAUCGAAUAACUCCAUUGACAAAAUCUUUGGCAUCAUUGGGUGUGGAUAUUUUUGUUCUAGUCGCUUUAAUCCAGAAGUUUGUGAUAUUGUGAAAAAGAUUGUUCCAGCCACCAGAAUUCUCUGGCAAAUGACAAAGGUAAAAAUGUUGCCUACACCAGCCAAGUUUCAUUACAUUUUCAACUUGCGAGAUCUGUCUAGAAUUUGGGAGGGAAUGCUGAAAAUCAAAGGAGAGGAAUGUGAGGACCAAUUGAUGGUGUUAGGACUCUUCAAACAUGAAUGUACAAGAGUCAUCUCAGACAGAUUUACAAAUGCUGAUGACAAAGCCUGGUUUGAGAAGAGUUUGAAUGUUGUCAUUAAUGAUCACAUUGAUGCAUCACUUGUUGACACGUGUCAUCCAGAACCAUACUUUGUGGAUUUUCUUCGUGAUGCUCCAGAACCCACAGGAGAAGAAAGUGAUGAUGCUGCACUAGAAGCUCCCAAAAUAUAUGAACAGAUCUCCUCUUAUGAGACAUUGAAUGACAAACUGCUGACUUACAUGGAACAGUACAACGAGUUAGUCAGGGGGGCUCAUAUGGAUCUUGUCUUCUUCAAGGAUGCCAUGGUACAUCUUAUCAAGAUAUCCAGAAUUAUUGGUACCCCGCGAGGAAAUGCUCUGUUGGUGGGAGUUGGAGGAUCAGGAAAACAAUCACUAACUCGUCUAGCCUCCUUCAUCGCAGGCUACAGAAUAUUCCAGAUUACACUCUCAAGGACAUACAAUGUUGGCAAUUUGAUGGAUGAUUUGAAGUUUAUGUAUCGUGUUGCUGGAUGUGAAGGGAAAGGAAUCACAUUUAUUUUUACCGACAAUGAAAUCAAAGAUGAAGCAUUCCUUGAAUACUUGAACAAUGUUCUGAGUUCAGGAGAGGUUUCUAAUUUGUUUGCCAAAGAUGAACUGGAUGAAAUUACACAGGAAUUGAUUGCAGUAAUGAAGAAAGAAAUGCCAAGAUGUCCUCCCACAUUUGAAAACUUGUAUGAUUAUUUCAUCUCCAGGGCAAGAAAAAAUCUGCAUACAGUCUUGUGCUUCUCUCCGGUUGGAGAAAAGUUCCGAACAAGGGCAUUAAAAUUCCCUGGACUUAUAUCUGGUUGUACCAUGGAUUGGUUCAGUCGAUGGCCAAAAGAUGCUUUGAUUGCUGUAUCUGGACAUUUUCUAAACAAUUACCAUAUUGUCUGCAGCAAAGAAAUUAAGGAACAGGUUGUCAACACAAUGGGAGUUGUCCAUGACAAUGUAGCUUCUGUUUGUGUUGAAUAUUUUCAAAG